UAACUGUUACCUUCCAACAUUUCUCUAUCCUAAAACAAGCCUUAGGCCGAGCACGAUGUCUCCGGCUUCAAACCCAAAACCCCCCUCUUAUUCCAAUCAAAACUUCCGCCCAGAAUAGGUUGAAAAUUUCCGACCAAUUUGUGUCUAAAUUUCUUAGCGAAGCUCGGUAGGUACUCUCUCUAGUUUUCAUCGCCAGUCAAAAGAAAAUAAAAUGUCAGUCAGAACAAUUAUCAAACACCUCCAUCGUCACCACCAUUACUUGAUUAAACACCUUGCUUCCUCUCGCUCCCUUUCCUCCAUCGCAACCUACCCUCCGUCACAGCCAACACGCCACGUUAUCCAAAACCACAACCAAGAUCAAGACCCGUACUCACUCCUCAAGGAGGAUCCUAUCCAAAUCUGCUCCUCCCUCUGGGUCAAGACAUUUUCUUCACCACCAGACAUAACCGUCCCUAACCUCACCGGCUUCCUCUCCAAACUCGACCUCUGGGUCCUGGCCUACCAGCGCUCCUGCGCUCAAGUGACAGGCACAUUCCCUCCUCGCAACGCCAUCCAUUCUCAUGUCCUCUCCGAGCUCCUCUCCCUCCGAAACGCCGUCGUCCAUGGGCAAUUCUUCUGGAACAAGAAGACCCAGCAAUACAUUCGGAGCCCCAACGACAAGCCCGUUACUAGAGUUAUCUCCAAACGCAAGCUUCAGGCGAUUCUUGAAUCCGACGAGCCUUGUUUCCAAGACAGGGUCGUUCAGGAGGUCCUCUUGAUGGUGUUGGAGCCGGUUUUUGAGGCCCGGUUCUCGCCAAAAUCACAAGCGUUUCGGCCUGGACGGAAUGCACAUACGGUGAUUCGGACCAUUCGUAGUAACUUCGCCGGGUACCUGUGGUUCCUGAAAGGCGAUUUGAGUGAGAUAUUUGAUAAUGUAGAUGGACGUGUGGUAUUGGGUUGUGUUGAAAAGGCCGUUAAGGAUAAGAAAGUGUUGGGUUUGAUCAAAUCGGCGCUCAAAGGACCGGUUAGGGAUCGAUCACAAUUAGAAACUGAAGAUAAAGAAGAACUGAGAAAGAAGAAGAAGAAACGGCAGUCUAAGAAGAAGAAGAUCCUCAAUGAGAAUGAGCCCAAGCCGGAUCCUUAUUGGUUGAGAACAUUUUUUAAUUUCGCACCUAAAGAGGCUGCUAAGGUACCCUCUUAUGGUUAUUGUGGAAUUCUUAGUCCUUUGCUUGCUAAUGUGUGUCUUAAUGAAUUGGAUCAUAUGAUGGAAGAGAAAAUAGUUGAGUUUUUUAGGCCGUCUAAGCUUGAUUCGAUAUGGAAAGAUUCUAUUAAUGAUGGGUGUCAUAACCCAGCUUGGCCAGAGUUUGUUCCUUCUAGUGGGAAAGAGAAAACUAGGAAAAUGGAUUAUAUACGAUAUGGGGGUCAUUUCUUGAUCGGGAUCCGGGGCCCUAGAGAGGACGCAGUGCAAGUUAGAAAGGAAAUAAUUGAGUUUUGUGAAAGCAGAUUUGGGUUAAGGUUGGAUAAUUCAAAGGUGGAGAUAGAACACAUUACCAGGGGUAUUAAUUUCUUGGACCAUAUAAUUUGUCGCAGGGUGAUACACCCGACACUUCGUUACACUGGUACUGGAGGUAAUAUUGUGAGUGAAAAGGGUGUAGGUACUUUGCUUUCGGUUACUGCUAGCUUACAACAGUGUAUUCGCCAAUUCAGGCGGCUUGAGUUAGUUAAGGGUGAUAAGGAUCCUGAGCCAUUGCCUUGCAACCCAAUGUUGUAUUCCAGUCAAGCUCAUUCAAAUUCCCAGAUGAACAAGUUCCUUGAGACCAUGGCCGAUUGGUACAGAUACGCUGACAAUCGCAAGAAAGUCGUUGGGUUUUGUGCUUAUGUGAUUAGGAGCUCUUUAGCUAAACUAUAUGCUGCAAGGUAUAGACUAAAGUCUCGUGCCAAGGUGUAUAAGAUAGCUUCACGUGAUCUUAGCCAUCCUCUGAGGGCGAGCAGUAACAAUUCAGCUCCUGAAUAUUCAGAUCUUUUGAGGAUGGGACUUGUCGAUGCUAUUGAAGGUGUUCAGUUUUCUCACAUGUCUUUGAUUCCAUCAUGUGAUUACACCCCGUUUCCUAGGAAUUGGGUCCCGGAUCAUGAGAAUGUGUUGCGAGAAUAUAUUAGACUGCAAGACCCAAAAUUCUUUUGUGAACUGCAUAGAUCAAUUAAACGGCAUGGUUUAAGUUUGCCUCAAGAUGAGAUAUCUGAGAUUGUAUGGGACUACAAAACUUUUGGGGUAUGGAAAAGUCGGUCCUUUGAUGAAACUAAAACAAAUGAGGGUUCAGGGAAGGUGGAUGGGGCCUUGUGAAUGAAUUCCUUUGUGGAUUUAGGGAAGAACUUUCGAAUGUUGAAAUUGAGCUCCCAUCUUCAUUGCAUACUUGUGGACCAUACAUACUAGACACAAUUGUUAUCUGGCUAAAUGUUUAAGAGAAAUAGUCUAGCCACAAAGUGAUUAUACAAAAAUAAUCCUGCAAACUGAUAUGAUUUGAUGUGACUCGUCAGAUUGUAAAGUUACUUUUAUUAUAAAGUAGAUCUAACAGAUCAGAUGAAUCCACAUCAAUUUGUAGGAUUGUUUUUGUGUAAUUCUUUUGUGGAUGUAGCAGUCCUCAAUGUCUAAUAGAGUACAGGUUUGAUGCUUCAAUACCUUCUUGUAAAUGGAUUUUUAAGUCAUUAUCAUGUGAUGUCUAUCCUCCAGAAGUAAUAUGUCCAUACAAAUUGAAAUGAUUAGAACAGAUUGAACUUGGUAUAGUUACAUUCAUGAAAAGUCAGAAGGGGCACUUACCAGGGAAUUAGAUAAGAUUAGAUUUUCUGGAAUGAUUGCUUCUGAGCAGCUUGUGUGAUACUCAAGAAUGACUGCUCCUGAAGGGAUUGAUAUGUUCAAGCUGAAUGUGCAAGCCAAGACAAGAUGAAGGCCAAAUAAUUGGUUGAGAUAGCAAAUUAAUCUUGAUUGUGAAUGGAGAUGACAGGAAGAACACCUGAGAAUAAGGUAGAUGG